UAUACUAUCGUCGAUUGGUUCGUGCUCGUAACACAGCUAGAAUUAUCCAGCAGUUGAAAAAUUUUCAUUGUACUUUCCGUAAUAACAAAGCGAUAAAUCAACAACAGUUGACACGAUGUCCGCCUACAAGUUGGAGACAGCCCCCUUCGAUCCACGUUUCCCCAAUCAGAACGUGACCAGAUAUUGCUAUCAAUCCUAUUUGGAUUACCAUCGAUGCCAGAAGAAGCGCGGCGAGAACUUUGAGCCAUGCAACUACUUCAAGAAGGUCUACAAGUCGAUGUGCCCCAACGCCUGGGUGGAGAAGUGGGACGAUCAGCGCGAGAGCGGCACCUUCCCCGGUCGUAUCUAAGCAAUAUAUAUAGGAAGUUACACUCUACCUACCUAACAACCAACAACUACUGCAACCUAUUCCUACACAACAACAACAACAACAACAAUA